UUCUCCGGGACAGACUACGACCUCGCAGCUCCUCCGGGACAUGUCCGACCGGGCUCGGGGCUGACUCUGGCUCUGUGGACCCCCCGCGGUCCUCCACCUGUCCCGGCGUCCUCCUCCGCUCCGAUCCGCUCCCAGUCUGCGGGGUUAGCAGUUUUUAGCAUCCGCAGGGAGCGUCUCUGGCUGUUUUUCCGUCUGCUCCUCGGACCAGGAGGUUCUGGGUCCGGCUCCGGCUCUGGAGGCUUUGGACCCGGACAAUAAAAAGACGCAUUUACAUUCAGACGGCGUGGCUGGCUGCUGGAAGGCUGCGGAGCCUGAACAACCUGCAGCCGCAGCAGCAGCAGCAGCAGCAGCAGCAGAUCUACUGGUGCCACACGGAGGUUUUCUGGAAAUGCUGAUCUUCAGCAUUCCUGGAAAGAUUCACAAACACCCACAUGGACGUCUGAUAAUCGAUCUCCUGACUUUACUGGAAGCCUUGUGCCAAAGGGAUCUGGAGAGUCUGGGGCGGCGCUGUGUUUCUGCUAGGUAGACCUGCGUCUGUACAGGCGAGUUAGGCAAAGUGGACACUCAGAGAUUCCUAACAUCACCGCUGCUCAACGUGAACACCAGGCACAGCUGGAGAAAACAAUUAAAUUAGUGCAUCAAAUGAAGCUUAGCACACAUAAAACCAGAGCGCAGUCCCGCUGAAGGACAGAUGCUGCCCCCACCCCGCCUCGCAUCAUCCUCUCAAAUCCAGCCGCAGGGAAGAUGAGAUUUGGAUCCGACCGACUUGUUCGCUCACUCGCUGCUUUGUUCCUGGCCAAAUCGUUGGAAGCGUCGCUGUGAGGCGCCGCUGCAGUGAGGCGCCGCUGCAGUGAGCAUGUUCUGCUGCUACCGCUGUGCUUUCCAGUUUUUCCCCCCAUGUGGACAAAGAUGAAGAGAAUCUGAACUACUUUGGAUCUACGUCAGCAGAUCUGAGCUGAAAAAUGCUCAAAAAUAUCAGCGUCGAGAGAACCCCAAAGUAAAAAGUAUCUGUCCAAGACAUUUUUACGCAAGUUAAAGUCAAUAAAGUAUUUGGUAUAAAGUCUAGUCAAGUACUAAGAAACUGAUAAAAAAUAAUUUAACGCAAAGAAGAUUUUCAUCAAACAGACCAAGUGGAAAUUUUGGUAUUGUAAAAAUCAAGAUAUCAAUAAUUCAUAUAAAUAGCAAUUACAGAAUCAGGUAGAAAAAACAUUUUGUGUUUAAUAUAAAACUUAAAAACUGCAGGUCUGUGUCUGGUAAAAUGUUAAUUAAAACAAGCUUCCUCUUCAUCCAGUGAGAAUCCAGAUAUUUUACUUAAGGAAAAGUAAAAAGUAGCAGCUAAAAUAAUAAAAAAAAAUAUAUAAAAAAAAUAACUAGAGUAAAAAAUGGUAAAAUGUUACCAAAUAACUGGUCAAAACAACCAUCUGAAAUUUAAAAAUUACAUAAUCAGACGGAUAAAAAAUAUUCUGCUACUUUAGAGCUCAAAAGGAAAAUAAUAAGUAUAAAUAACAUAAUAAAUCUUUAAAACAUUUUUUAUUUAUUUUAUUUUAUUUAUUUUUUGUCGUUUAAUCAAAAAAACUAAUUUUUUGGUUUAAAUAAGCUUCUGUUUCAUUCGGUGAAGUUACUUUCAGUGGAUAAAGUGUGAAGAUAUUUUACUCAGGUAAGUGUAGAGAUAAUUCAUAAUUACUCAAAUAAAAACAAAAAAUAAAGCGUAGUAAAAGUAUUUUUUUCCAAAAAGUUACUGAAGUAAAUGUUGCCCAAAUGAUUUAUGAAUUGUCAUGUAGCUAACAAAACUGCAUUUUAACUCGACUCUGCUCAUCAGUUUUUAAAAGUAAGGAGUAAAAAAAGAGAACAGUUGAAGAAGAGGAGGCUGGUUUUCUUCUCCGUGAGGAAGGCCCUCCUCCCCUCCGCUGCUCCUCCCUCUCCUCUCAUCCAGCAGCUCUCCUUCGCGCCAGUGCAGAGAGACGAAGCGGAGCGCAGGAGCCGAGCUCAGCAUGCAGCCCGGAAAGUCUCUCUGCAUCCGUCCGCCGGCUCUCCCUGCAGCCGCACGCUGCCGGUAAUCGCGCACCGCAGCGCACCGCAGCGCACCGUGGGAUGAAGACUGAAACCCGAGCGAGUUUUAACCGGAGAUAAACGAGUGGAUGAAGGAUACAGCCGCGUCUGGACGGACUUUGGAGGCAGUCGGGUUGCAGCUGCCUGAUAUUCAGCGGAGACGGAGCAUCUGGGGGCGCGUGCCUGUCGGCAGAGGCGGGUUUUGAUAUGGGCGCUUGCCCAGGGCGGCACCAGAAAGGAUCGGCACAACCAAGAACUUCAAAAUAAAAUAUCUUAUUGAGAAACAGCUUCUAUGUAUGUUUAGCUUCUCUUAGGCGGUACAUUAACUGCUUUCAGAUUUAAAAAUAAAGAAUAAAAAAAUUGUUUGGAGUGCAGCAGGAAGAGGGGCUUGCCAAAGAACCACAGCUGGUUGUCGGACGGGUUACAGUGGCAGGCCCAGGGGUGGGGGCAUGGCCGUGGGGGGGCCGCAUCCCGUCCUCCACGCUUCACCGUGACAGAGGCUUCGGCUGGGGGUCAUGGAGCUGGAGCUCGCCCCGGGGGACCCCCAGACUCUCAGAGCUCCGCCCCUGGAUGAGCGGAGGGGCGGUGGCGGCGGCCGGUAGCGGCGGGGACAAACCAGGCAAAGUGAAAUGCUCCCGCAGACUGUGGCUCCUCCUGGGGUCGCUGGCGCUCGUCUUCCUCACCUCGCUGUUCCUCUCCGUGUCGCUGCGCGGCGGCGUCAGCUUCAGCUACCUGGAGCCGCCCGGGUGGGAGGAGUCCAGGCGGGUGAAGCUGGUGCCAAGCUACGUGGGAGCGCACCGGCUGUCGCCCCCUGAAACGCCCCAGCAGAAAACAUGUGCCUGCAACAGCUGCGUCGGAGACCCCGGAGUCUCGGAUUGGUUUGACGAAAACUACGACCCGGAUAUCUCACCGGUCUGGACCAGGGACAACAUCCAGCUGCCGCCGGACGUCUACUACUGGUGGGUGAUGUUGCAGCCGCAGUUCAAACCUCACAACAUCCAGCAGGUGCUGCUGAGACUCUUCCAGGUGAUUCCCGGACGGUCGCCGUACGGCUCGUGGGAUCCGGGGCGCUGCCUGCGUUGUGCCGUGGUGGGAAACUCCGGAAACCUCCGCGGCGCCGGAUACGGGGCGGCCAUCGACGGGCACGACUACAUCAUGAGAAUAAAUCUGGCCCCCACUGUGGGCUACGAGGACGACGCCGGCAGACACACCACGCACCACUUCAUGUACCCGGAGAGCGCCAAAAACCUGCUGACCAACGUCAGCUUUGUCCUAGUUCCCUUCAAAACGCUGGACCUGGUCUGGAUCACCAGCGCUCUGUCCACUGGCCAGAUCCGAUUCACUUACGCUCCAGUGAAGCAAUUCCUCCGUGUGGAUAAAGACAAGGUUCAGAUCUUCAAUCCGGCUUUCUUUAAAUACAUCCAUGACCGCUGGACCAGGCAUCAUGGCCGAUACCCUUCCACUGGGAUGCUGGUCCUGUUUUUCGCUCUUCAUGUCUGCGACGAGGUGAACGUGUUCGGCUUCGGCGCCGACAGCCGAGGAAACUGGCACCACUACUGGGAGCAGAACCGGUACUCCGGAGAGUUCAGGAAGACGGGCGUCCACGAUGCGGACUUCGAAGCUCAGAUCAUCGAGCAGCUGGCCAAGGCCGGAAAAAUCACAGUGUUCACUGGGAAAUGACCGGAAAAACGUUGAUGAAAAUAACGGACGCCAGUUUGGAUUCAAGUUGGAAUAAAAGCAAACUAAUUUUACCGAUGGGGUUCGACGAGCGAAACAUUUCCCCUUUGGGACUCCUCGAGACUCCAAUGAGUCUGAAAGGUAAAAAACCUGUCACCUUUGUUGAGGAAAACAGGAAAUCAUGGCGGAACAAGGAUUAAUCAGGAUUAUUAAACCCUGACACAAACUAUCUUUCACACCCAUUCUGCAUCUCGGAGGUCGUCGUGUGACUUUGUUUUCCAGCUGUGUGGGAAUAUUUUGCUGACAAAGAGCUGUCCUUUAGAAUCAAGAUCGUCUUUGAUUUGCCUUAAAUUCUCUUUGAGGUGAAACAUCCCUGGCACCGCCACACAGCUGCCGUCGUAAGGUCUUCACAAAGCGGCCGAUGGCUCGCUAAACAGCGAUGAGAGCGGCUUUAUCGGAUUCGACUUUUCCUCACGAAGCUUCCCGACUCUUGUGUUCACAGAAACACUUCAGAAUUUCAGCUUCUGGAGACUCUGAUAGAGGAAGCCAUCUUGGCUGCGUUCUGGUCCGGUCCGGUCCAUCAGGGUUUGAUUUGGAAGAUCUUUGCUCAAAUGUUGCUUACAGGCCAUAUUAUGACCCUA